GAUCAGAGCGCGCGUCUAUCAAUUAGCGAUGUCAUAAGAGACGCUCUUUUCUAAUCACUUACGAAAUUCCAGUAAACUUUGAGCGUAUGACGGAAUUUUCUCAGUAAAUCUUUGCGAAAAAGUUGUUAUCUUAGAGUGACGAAAGUUUUCUCCGCGCCAUGGGGUGUUGUAUGUCGAAGCCCAAAAAUGGAGAUGAGGACAAUGAGCCUUCACUCCGCCAUAAUUCAGCACCAACAAAUCCCCAGAAAAGCAAAAAGAAGGAGAAGGCAAAGGAGGCUGAUGAAGGCAGCAAAGGAAAGAAAAAAAAUAAGCGGUGGGGACUUAAGAGGAAGAAGAAAGCUGAUGAAGGCAACAAAGGGAUUAAAAACAAGAAGCGGUGGGGGUUUAAGGGGAAGAAGAAGACUGAUACCGGAGGUCUUAGCAGUGCGUCUUCCUCGAGUGUUCUCGUGGUCCCUGGGCCUAGCAGCGUGAGAUUCUCGUCAAUCCGUGGUUCUUUCUCUGACAUUGUGAUUCCCGGACUUAGCAGUGCUGCUUUUUGUGGCUCAGCACCUGUAAUGUUUACAGAUCACGAAGCUACUGUUGCAUCUCUCCUGAUGCCAAGUGACUCGCCUACACUCUCACCUGGAGAGAUACGGUUCUCUCCCGGGGAAGUACGAUGUGAUUGGCUGAUAAGGAACAUCAGUGCCUCUUCAAGUUUUUCGUCACUCGGAAGCCUUCAACGUGAGAUAAAUGAGGAGGAGAAGCUCAUUAUCGAGGAGAUAAAAGCUGAACUCAUCACGAUAAAUAGCCAGUCAAAUGGCGCCAUGCGACAUGAGCAGAAGGAAGAAGAGCGACUUAGGAAUUUGCAGAAGUCUGAUAUGAUUACAAGAAAUCAGGCUGCGUUGAUUGUGACUGACGUUAUUGAGAAGGCGUAUGUCCAAUUCAGGCAUGAGCAAAAGCACCUGAGAAUCAAGAAAGAGGAGAAAAUUGAGCUCAUCUUAAAAAACAAAGCAGAGAUGAUUGUCUCAGAUGUCAUCCGUAAAGCGCGUGUCAUCGUGCAACGUGAGGAAAGGGAGGAGAGAAUCAAGAAAGAGGAGAAGAUUAGGGAGGAAGAGCGUGUUAAGAAGCAGGAGAAGAUGGAACAUAUCAUACAGAAUCAGGCUCAGUUCAUUGUCUCUGAGGCCAUUGGGAAGGCAUGUGGAAUCGUGAAGCGUCAUCGCAAGGACUUUGAAAGAAAGAUGGACCUAAAAUGGUUUGAACUUACUUCGAAGAACAACAAGGGAGCAUUGUUUACUGAAGAAAUAGCGGAUGCUAAAGAUAUCGAUGAAAAGGGUGUUCAGGAAGAAACCGAGGUCAUAAGUCCCGCUAAUGCAGCAGAACCCUCUUGUACAUCUGUGAUUAACGGCACAAGGCUUGAAGAUGGCUAUUCUGUUGAGAAUCGCGACAAAGUAUCUCAUUUGACGGGAAAUCAAAGUUGCGUCCCAGAACUGCCCGUUUCCAAUGGAACCCUGUUUGAUAAAACCGGGAUUGAUAACUGCGAAAGCUACCUGCUCAAUUAUCAGCCAGCUGUUAUUCCAAUUUUUUUCAUCGACUUUGAAGGCUAUCAGUUCGACAUCGAUAAGAUGGACUUCGACUUCCAGGAAGAACACUACGAAGUCAUGAAUUAUGAUUUGGUGAUUAAUAUUCCUGGACAAGAGUCUAUCCUCGUAGUCACCAAUUUUAGCCUCUUCUUAGAAAAAGUGCUUGGCAUUUCUGUGACAGAGGAGCAGUUUAUACUUGACAACGCGUUUCUUCACGUCACUGACCUGAACACAAUGUUGGCUGAAAUAAGCGCAUUAAUUCCCGAGCAGGGUAUUCACAAUGCCCCUUUGGAAAGCAACGCCGUCGAGGAUAAGCAAGUUUUGAUGGCUAAUGCCAACAAGAACGAUAAGGCAUCGAUGGUUCGCAAUGCCUGCACGGAGACAGAACACUCGGUGUUCUACCAUGCCUGCGAGGAUGAAAAAGCCUCGAUGGUUAACCUAUCCUGCGAGGAUGAAAAAGCCUUCAUGGUUAACCUAUCCUGCGAUGAUGAAAAAGCUUCGACGGUUUACACCAACAAGUGCGAAACAGCAACGGCGAUUCCCAAUACCUGCAAUGCGGAACAAGCAUCGAUGUUUUUUCAGGAGACAGUUGAUUAUGAUGAUGACAUCUGGUUUGAGUUCCUGGAAGACAAGCACGAGUUUGAGGAGUAUGACCUGGCCUUACACAUACCUGGGCAAGAGUCGAUCCUGAGUAAGGAAAACAUGGAAAUCCUUUUCGACAAGUUGUCAAAAGUGUGCUACAAGGAUCACGAGCCCGAGAAGCAAGUUGAUGGACAGGAACAAGAAAGUACUGAUGUUCAUGUCGGAGCGGUACUCGAUGAUGUGAAGCCAGCAGGAGAGAGCUUGGAUCUAAAGGUUGAAGAGAACGAGGAAAAAUCGAACGAUGAGUCUGACGAGUCCAGCGCUGUCGUAAUUCAAGAGAUAGCAUCGAUGUUGUCCUUCGAGAGCUGGUACAAAGCACCACUAGUCCAACGCACAACCGUGCGCCCUUCAAACGUGCCAGAAAGGAAAAGAGAAUGGUGGGAAUUCCCACCCCCUCCGUCCGUCAACGAGUCCAGUUUACGAAAGCUUGAAGCUAUAAGACUAGAGCAAAUACAAGCCCGUAAUAUGUCCUCUUUAAUGGUUCUGGCCACUCAAGCGGAUAAAUGGUUGAAAACUCGGAUUAAGCAGCCUGUCCAAGAAAUUGUAAAGGAUUCCAGGAAGCAGGAGUCUGAGUCAUCCUCGAAAGCAUCACAUGGCGAGAUGACGUCAUCAAGGCAAAAAAGACGCAAGAAAAAAUCACGUUCUCAAAGACACGAGGGACACGAGGUGACUGCUUCGACUCGCCAGAAACAUUCCUCCUCCAAGGAAAAACAGGAACAGACGUGUGGCGAGCAAGUGUGUUUGGCAGCAUCAAUUGCCUCUCAAAGUGCACCAGUGGCUGACAUUGCUGAGUGCGCCGGAGCCAUAGGAUCGGGUCCUACCAUCUUUGUCGAAGGGUAUUAUACAGCGGAAGAUGAGAAGACUUCCGAAGCUACCCCCUUCUCAGACGCCUACGCAUACCUUCUCCAGGUGCGAAGGUCAGUUGAUCCUGAAAGGAGUGGUAACACUUCACCCACACCCUCUUCGUCCUCGACGCACAGUGACGCGUUCGAUGAAGUGGUACCUCUUUGGCUGCUAUCGAGCUCUUCUAGUGAGAGUGAGAUGGAGACGCCAAGGCAAGCAUCGAAACUGCGGUCAGGUGGUAAAGAAAAGAAUCAAACUAAGAAUGGAGCAUCGCUGGUGCAAAGCUCAAAACGUCGUAAAAAGACCACUGAGCGUAAAUGGGGUAGUGGGAAAUGGGAGAUCCCUCUUCCCCCACCGACCACCCGCAAGUCAAGCAAGGGCAACAAGCACCUCAAGUUGGCCUUGACGAAGUCAUCCUCGAAUGAUUUUGUCAUUAAACGCUGUCCGACUACCACCAACGCCAACGGCCCAGAAAGCAAAAGUGGAGAACGGGAAAUUACUCUUCCUCCACCGACCGUCCACGAGUCAGGAGUUACUGACAAGCAAAAUCGCCUGAAGCUGGCCGCUACUAUGCCAUCCUCCACAGGCCUGGCCAGUAAACCUGAAGGCUGUCUUACUAAUCAGACUGAGCAGCCUGUCCAGGAAAUGGUAAAGGAUUCCAGGAAACCGAAGACUGUCUCAUCCCUGGAAGCAUCAGGCUGCGCGAUGACGUCUUCAAGACGUGAAGGACACGAGGAGACAAGUUCCUUCUCGAUUUUGGAACCUCAACCGUCGGCAGCCUUUCAAACAAAAGACACCCACCCCAAAGGUGGAAAAUCGUGUAGGAAAGCUUUGCCCGCUCCCCAAGAUGCACCGGUGAGUGUCGUGUCAGAUGAGGCAGCUGGACCAGAUCCUACGUCAAUGUGUGGUCCAUCGUCAUGGAAACAAAUAAACGAAGAGGUUGAGCAGCCUGUCCAGGAAAGGGUAAAGGAUUCCAGGAAACAGGAGCCUUUGUUAUCCCUGGAAACGACGGACUGCGCGAUGACGUCUUUGAGACGUGUAGGACACGAGGAGAGAAAUUCCUUCGCAAUAUUGGAACCUCAACCGUCGACAACCUUUCAAACAAGAGAAAGGCACCCCAAUGGUGCAAAUUUGUGUAGGGCAAUUUUGCCCGCUCCGCAAGAUGCACCGGUGAGUGUCGUGUCAAAUGAGACAGCUGGAUGGGAUCCUCCGUCAAACUGUAGUCCAUUGCCAUGGAAACAAAUAAACGAAGAGGUUGAGCAGCCUGUCCAGGAAAGAGUAAAGGAUUCCAGGAAACAGGAGACUUUGUUAUCCCUGGAAACGACGGGCUGCGCGAUGACGUCUUCAAGACGUGUAGGACACGAGGAGAGAAGUUCCUUCGCGAUAUUGGAACCUCAACCGUCGGCAACCUUUCAAACGAGGGAAAGGCACCCCAAUGGUGAAAAAUUGUGUAGGGCAAUUUUGCCCGCUCCGCAAGAUGCACCGGUGAGUGUCGUGUCAGAUGAGACAGCUGGAUGGGAUCCUCCGUCAAACUGUAGUCCAUUGCCACGGGAACAAAUAAACGAAGAGGUUGAGCAGCCUGUCCAGGAAAGAGUAAAGGAUUCCAGGAAACAGGAGACUUUGUUAUCCCUGGAAACGACGGGCUGCGCGAUGACGUCUUCAAGACGUGUAGGACACGAGGAGAGAAGUUCCUUCGCGAUAUUGGAACCUCAACCGUCGACAACCUUUCAAACGAGGGAAAGGCACCCCAAUGGUGAAAAAUUGUGUAGGACAAUUUUGCCCGCUCCGCAAGAUGCACCGGUGAGUGUCGUGUCAGAUGAGACAGCUGGAUGGGAUCCUCCGUCAAACUGUAGUCCAUUGCCAUGGGAACAAAUAAACGAAGAGGUUGAGCAGCCUGUCCAGGAAAGAGUAAAGGAUUCCAGGAAACCGAAGACUGUCUCAUCCCUGGAAGCAUCAGGCUGCGCGAUGACGUCUGUAAGACGUGUAGGACACGAGGAGAGAAGUUCCUUCGCGAUAUUGGAACCUCAACCGUCGGCAACCUUUCAAACGAGGGAAAGGCACCCCAAUGGUGAAAAAUUGUGUAGGGCAAUUUUGCCCGCUCCGCAAGAUGCACCGGUGAGUGUCGUGUCAGAUGAGACAGCUGGAUGGGAUCCUCCGUCAAACUGUAGUCCAUUGCCAUGGAAACAAAUAAACGAGGAGGUUGAGCAGCCUGUCCAGGAAAGGGUAAAGGAUUCCAGGAAACAGGAGACUUUGUUAUCCCUGGAAACGACGGGCUGCGCGAUGACGUCUUCAAGACGUGUAGGACACGAGGAGAGAAUUUCCUUCGCGAUAUUGGAACCUCAACCGUCGGCAACCUUUCAAACGAGGGAAAGGCACCCCAAUGGUGAAAAAUUGUGUAGGGCAAUUUUGCCCGCUCCGCAAGAUGCACCGGUGAGUGUCGUGUCAGAUGAGACAGCUGGAUGGGAUCCUCCGUCAAACUGUAGUCCAUUGCCAUGGAAACGAACGAGCAAAGAGGUUGAGCAGCCUGUCCAGGAAAGGUUAAAGGAUUCCAGGAAACAGGAGACUUUGUUAUCCCUGGAAACGACGGGCUGCGCGAUGACGUCUUCAAGACGUGUAGGACACGAGGAGAGAAGUUCCUUCUCGGUUUUGGAGCCUCAACCAUCGGCAACCUUUCAAACGAGAAAAACGCACCCUAAUGGUGAAAAAUUGUGUAGGGCAAUUUUGCCCGCUCCGCAAGAUGCACCGGUGAGUGUCGUGUCAGAUGAGACAGCUGGAUGGGAUCCUCCGUCAAACUGUAGUCCAUUGCCAUGGAAACAAACGAGCAAAGAGGUUGAGCAGCCUGUCCAGGAAAGGUUAAAGGAUUCCAGGAAACAGGAGACUUUGUUAUCCCUGGAAACGACGGGCUGCGCGAUGACGUCUCCAAGACGUGUAGGACACGAGGAGAGAAGUUCCUUCUCGAUUUUGGAGCCUCAACCAUCGGCAACCUUUCAAACGAGAAAAACGCACCCUAAUGGUGGAAAAUUGUGUAGGGCAGUUUUGCCCGCUCCGCAAGAUGCACCGGUGAGUGUCGUUUCAGAUGAGACUGCUGGAUCGGAUCUUACGUCAAUCUGUGUUCCACCAUCAUGGAAACAAAUGAACGAAGAGAAACCUCGACAUGCAGUUUCAUUCUCGGAGACUUCUACGUACUUGCUGUCCCCACGGUCACGUGAUACUGAGUCAAGCGCUUGCCCUUCGUCUCCCUCGCCUUUCGCACUGAGUGACAUUCGCGAGAUCCCGUAUGACAUACGCGGGUCUUCGGAUGACAUGUGCGUGAUCCCAGAUGACAUGUGCGAAUUCCUGGAUGAUAUGUGCGAGUCCCCAGAUGAAAUACGGGGUACCCCGGAUGACAUGUACGAGUCCCCGGAUGACAUGGUUAAGUCCCCGGAUGAUACCUCGGGGCACACGUCCGAAGACGAGGUACCUCUUUGGCUGCUAUCGAGCUCUUCUAGUGAGAGUGAGAUGGUGACGCCGAGGCAAACAUCACAACUGCCGCCAGAUGACAAGAAGAGACAGAAUAUUAGUAAAGCGACAUUCAGAACAUCAAGUGCGGUGAACUCAUCUGACCUCACGUUGCUACCAGCGCAAACAAAGGACGAUUCUGUUCGUCACACCAAGGCCAAUGGGUCAGAGGAACGGGACAUUACUCUUCCACCAGCGACCGUCCACGAAUCAGGCGUGAUUGACAAGCAAAAUCAUCAGCCCUCUAAGCUGGCCGCAACAAUGCCAUUCUCGACAGUCCUGGCCAGUAAACGUGAAGGUUGUCUUACUAAUCAGGUUCAGCAGCCUGUCCAGGAAGUGGUCAAGGAUUCAAGAUUUCCUGUGUCAUCCCUGGAAGCGUCAGGUGGCGCGAUGACUUCAUCAAGUCAGGAGGACACAAGAUCUUCCUCGAUCUUGCCAUCACCGCCGUCGGUAGCAUUCCAGGCGAAACAGACGCUGUCUGGAGAGUUCUCUGAAUGUGUUUCAAGGUUCCUGCUAAAGACCUCUCAGUUGAACCUCAGAGAAACCAAUGACAGCGCCUUGUCCCCUGAUGAGAGUAAUAUGUCCUUAGAUGAAAGUUCAUCUUUUGACAUGGAGUCCUCCUCCUCUCAUUCAGUACUUGGAGACUCACGCUUGCACGAGAUCCGCUCAUCGGUCGCUGACCUUAUAAACCUCGCACGCGGCUCUAGAGAUAUCAUCGGCGGGAAGGCCAGCUACCAUAGAUUAUCCGUCAACGACGAAAGCGACCAAAUAUCGAUUCACUCCGAGCCCUCGGAUCAUGACCUAGAGGCUAUAAGGGCUUUUCUUGCCCAUGUAAACGAUGCCCGAGAAUCCCUGGGUCUGAGCCCGGUCGGAACGGCCACAGCCAUUAAAUAUCUACUCGCGCGAAACUACGACGCACCAAAAGCGGUGGAGCUGUACCAUGACUCCAUGCGUCUGCGCAAGACGUACGACUUGGACACCUUCUCGCCUCACAGAAAGAGUGUUCAAAAGGAGCUCAGCUCGGGCAAAUUCACCAUCCUGCCCCUUCGCCGUGAGUACGAGCCCUUCGUGGCCCUUGUGACUGCCUCCCUGCACAACCCAACUGAGUGUGAUCACGUGACAGCUAUCCAAGCGCUUGUAUUCCAGCUGGAUGAGGCCAUGCGCAGCCCUGUCGCUCAGCGUUGUGGCCUCGAUAUCAUCCUUGACAUGACGGGCGCUAACUUCAGGAACAUCGACUUGGCUUUCUUCAGACAAGUUGUGGACGUGGUACAGAAUGGCUAUCCCGCCAGGCUCAACCAUGUGUACGUUGUAUCUCCUCCGAUGUGGAUGCGGGCGGGUCUGUACGUUAGACUUUGCCCCAAUGCACGCAAGAAGAUAGAGAUCGUGACCCCGCGACAACUUACCGAGCGAUUGCCUCUCACGUCCGUUCCCUUGAGCCUUGGCGGGCUUGCUCUGGUCAAGCACAAGGAGUGGUUACGUCAGUGUAUCGAUUCCUAUGACGACCGCGCAGCGUUCAAUGACGUCAGGGUCUCCUCAGGCAACAAGAGACUUACUAUCUUCCGGGAACACUAGAUCAGAAUAGAUGCCCAUGUAAUAGCAGAACCUAACGAAACUUGUUUAUAUUAUUUAUGUAAAUUAUUGUACCAUAAAAAGAAACAUUAUCUUUGAAA